UUACAUUUGCACUAUUUUGUUGAAGUUGACUGUUAAAUAAAAUAAAUGUUGGGAUCGGUUUUUCCAGUUGUCUCCGAAUGAAACAUUAUGCAACACAAUUCAUCGUUCAUUUGUUGAAUUUUUCUUGCGUUUUCCAUUGUAAAUUCUUGAUAUGGACGACACUGACAUAAUUAGCAAAUGGAGUGAAGAAUUGGAAGCUUUUUUAUUAGAAAAAGAUUUAAUGAUAACAAGAGAGAACCUCUUAAAUGUGACAAGAUGUAAACCAUUGCCUGCACGUCUGAGAGCUGCUGUCUGGAAAUAUUGCCUGGAUGUUCAAGAUAUCAAUGAUGAGCCUUUCAACUCAUUCGAUGCAGUAUACGACCUGCCACAACAAGAAGCCAUCAGAGCUGAUUGCAAAUCAAUUGCUGAAAAAAACAAUGAUGGUGAUGGUGAUGGCGGAAUUGGUGAUGAUGAUGAUUGCCUCUCAUUGCAAAGUGAGCUUGAAAGCAUAAUAACCCAUUACUGCAAGAGUCGACGAAUAACUUACUCAUCGGACCUGCUUUGGAAGGUCAUUUUAAAAGUUUUACUGAAGGUGCAAGGACUUCGGAGAGCCCAACUUUACAAUGUUUUUUCUGUCAUUCUUGACAAGUUCAUUUUCACGCCUUCCCCGACCAAUCAAAAUGCUUAUCAUUUAUUUAGACUCCUCCUACUUUACCAUGAUCCUUACUUGUGCCAGUUUCUCGAUACCAAAAAAAUUGCCCCUGAAAACUAUGCAAAUGAAUGGUUCUGCUCUUUAUUCUCGAAGGACUGCCUGCUGGAAGUGAGCCUGAACGUUUGGGAUGUUUAUUUCCAACUGAACGAUCCUUUCUUCAUAUUCUUUCUGGUCCUCGUCAUCGUCAUCAAUGCGAGGGAUCAGAUUGUGUGCAUGGUUGGAGAGGACAGAACAGAAAUAAUUAAUAGAUUGGGCAGCUUUGCAAGUGCAUUGGAAGCAGAGGACGUUGAGGAUUUGUGUUCGCUUGGUCAGUACUAUGCCUCCAAGACUCCUGCAUCGUUCAAAAUUGUCUAUCAGCACCUAGUUCGUUCAUCUUCUUUUUCCUCUUUACCGUCAUUGCCAUCUUGCUCCAUCUCCCCAUCAAACCAGCCCUGCAAUAAACUUGUCAGUUCAUUAUGUUUGGAGCUACCAGCAUCUGAAAUUCUGAAAGGUCUGCAGGGCCGUCCAACCAUCACAACUGUUCAUUCAUCCAUUGAACAGAUGCUACAAAAUCCAAAGGAAUUUCUUUCAAAAGUUAACUCACUCCUAUUUCCUCAUAACGCCGACAAAAGCAGUGAGGAUGAAGUCACAGAUGUUCACAGCAACCACAACAUAUCACUCCCUGAUGGCAAGCAUAUCUGCUUUGUGGGCUAUGGUGAUAAAUACAAGGAGGAUGAUGACGAUGGUGAUGACGAUUACGAAGAAAAAGAUGAUGAUGAUGAUGGUGGUGAUGGUUAUAUGAACAUGGUCGUUGCUCACUUCCUUCACAAACACGUGCAGUAUGUGUCUGUAUGUAGGGGUGGAUACCAGGGCCUUCACAACUGGCUAGUGAGCAGCAACAUGAUGGAGCACAUUGUAGGACACAGCUACAACAACUGCUCCGCCUGUACGAGAAAUAAUAAGAAUAAAAAAAAGACUAAUAAUAAUAAUAAUAAUAAAGAGCAUGCUUCUAGUAGCAGUGGCAACCUAAUUGCAUCCAUGCAUAUGCCUAACAUACCCGUAACGGAAGCCAUGGAAAAGAUGACAAAGUUGUCAUCAGCACUUAAGUUAACGUCCGCAACGCUGAAAGAUAAAGUGAUGACGUACAUAAAGAACGAACAACAAUCAUCACCAUCAUCAUCGUCUUCAUCAUCAGCUGCUCUCCAUAGACACGUUAGCAGUGCAGAUAAUGCGGGCAGGAGGUACAGGAAUAUUGCGUCUGUCUUCACCAUUGGUGACGAAGACGAUGAAGAUCAUAACCACGUGACAUCAUCGGAAGAGGAAGUGAAGGAGGUAGUGUUGGUUGACGGCUGGAUUAAGAAGUUCACCCAGCCUCAAUUUGUCUACAAGUGUUUCGAGGUGGCAACACACAAUUCAAAGAGCAUUCCAAGCCUUUUAUGCCUGACUGGUGAUGACAUCAUCAUCCUACGUCUCAUCCCAGACGAGCCACAUAAAGCUUGGAUUCAGAGCAGGCGGAGUCUCACAUCUGUCCUGAAAAUAACAUCAAAGAAACGCCAGCCUGAAUUAAUCACAAUCAAAUAUGGAACUGGAGGAAUGGCUUCAACAAAGAACCAAAACUCUGUCAUCAUGACUGACAAUUCUGUUUCUGACGGGGCGACAGAUAAACGUAGCGUCAACGAAAUGGUCGGUUUUAAUGAUUGUGGUGCGGUUGAAUCAAAUUACUCAACAACAUCACCACUGCCACACGGCAAAACUGAUGUUCCAAAUGUUGAAAAUAUGAAAUCGUCAGCGCGUGCGAAUGAAAACGUUGUUCAGCUAGAUGGAGGUGCAAAAACAAACCGAUCAGAACUUGACGAUCGAACAAGCAGGCAAUAUGAUGACGUCGGUCUGACGGUCACCGCCAUCGACCGCUUUUACAUACCGAAGGCGGGAGAGGCAACGAAAGAUAUAAAAAUGCAUAUUCUGAAGUUGAUGAAAAUAAUUGAUUGAGUGAAUUAGUGACUACAUUAUUUUAUUUACUACUUAUUUGCUUGGUCAUUCAAUGACUAACAUUUAUUUCAUAACAACCUCGACAUUUUGACAAUAUUGAAUUCGAAUUAACGUUCUUCCUGAAAAUUAUUUGGUGCGUCUACGCUGCUUAAUACGUCAAAACGGACAUAGUGUUAUCUGUAGAGGCCCUGCAUUUAUUGUAUUGGAGCCCGUUGAAAAUUACAAACCGCACAUGAUGGCAAGUAGUCAAUGUAGCUGCUAAUAAUUAUAUUCAUAUUAGUUUUAUUUAAUUUUUUUUUACAAUAUUUUAUUAAUUUCCAAUAUUAUUUAUAAUUAACAUCCCAUACAUUUGUUAACAGUAGCGGAUCUAAGCUGCAAGCAUAUUUGUGUACCUGUAAGCUAGAAAAAGUCGUUGUUUU